AUGGGAACUUUAUGGAGCAUAUUGGUGAACAAAAUGCAUCAUUUUAUAUUGUGGCAUAGAGACAUAUUAGCUCAACAAGUUCCGAUAACUACCAAUUGUACGCAGCAAUUAGAAAACGAAGCCAGUAGCGACCAGUCAGCCAGUGAAAUGAAAAACUUUGAAGAGUUUACCGUGGUAUGGCUUGAUUCCGAUGUACAAAAUAAUAGAAAUGAAUAUAACAAACGAAAAACAAAAAUUCGAAACAUUGUUAAUCAUUUAGAAACUUUCGAUAAUCAAGAUAAAUGUAUUGAUUAUGUGUUCUCAAUCCAGGAAAGCAUAUUUUUUAUCGUUUCAGGAUCAUUCGGCGUAACAACUGUGCCUAUUCUUCAUGACAAAAAUCAGAUUAUUUUUAUUUAUAUAUUUUGUGCCGAUAAAGCAAAGCAUCAAAUGUGGGCAGAUGCAUAUAAAAAAGUUCAAGGAGUUUUCGAUAACGUUGACGAAUUAAUAAUUAAAUUUCAGAAAGAUGCUCAUUUUCUGCUCAAUCAAAUAGCAUCUAUAAGCAUAUUUGAUCCAAAAGAACGAUCGUUACAAUACUUAACCAAAGAGCAAGCAACAUUUAUAUGGUUUCAAUUACUUAUCGAAAUACUACUUCGAUUACCUAAAUCAGACAUAGCAAAAACGGAUAUGAUCGAAGAAUGUCGUAGAAAUUACGCAGGUAACGAGUCUCAAUUACAAAAAAUAACUGACUUUUAUCAGAAUUAUAAACCGUUCAUGGCCGUUGAAUGGUAUACAAAAGAUUCGUUUCUUUAUCGUUUAUUAAAUAAAGCGUUUCGAACGCAAGAUAUUGAAACUAUAUUUAAAUAUAGAUAUUUUAUAACUGAUCUUUAUUCACAGCUGAAAGCAUUACACCUGCAGUUACUGAAAUCUGAUGAAAAGACAAUGACCGUGUACCGAGGUCAGGGUAUGCAUCUUGAAGAAUUUGAAAAACUAAAAAAUAGUGUUGGAAAAUUCAUUUCGAUUAAUACAUUCUUUUCAACGACCACAGACUGCGAAGUAGCCGUUGACUUUGCUGGUGAUAGGUCCUUUUGUUCGAAUAUGGAGUUGGUUGUGUUUGAAAUUGAAAUUGACUUGAAAAAUGAUGCAAAACCGUUUGGUAAAGUUGAACAAUUAAGUUGUAAUAAGGACGAAAACGAAGUCCUAUUCUCGAUGGGAUCCAUAUUCGAAGUUGUUAAUGUUGAAAUGAUGACUGAUACACUUUGGUUUGUGAAUCUUAGAUUAAGUAAUACACUAGAUGAACAACUGUUAGAACUAAUGCACUAUUUCAAAAGUUUCAUCGGUUCUCAACCCACUCUUUUAACGUUGGGAUUGUUUCUGUCUAAAAUGGAUGAAUUCGACAAGGCAGAAAAAUUCUAUCGACUAUUGAUUGAUGAACUGCCAUCCGAUCAUAAAGAUUUGGGAAUGGUAUACAAUAAUAUUGGAGAACUUUUUCGUCUCCGAGGUGAUGAUGUAAAUGCUAUGGAAAACUAUGAGAUGGCUCUUGCAUUAUAUUCAAAACACUUUCGCGCUAAUGAUCCAUUCGUUGCCGUAACACAAAGUAAUAUAGCCGCAAUACUCGAUAAUAGGGGUGAUUAUAAAACUGCAUUGACGAUGUACAAACUUGCAUUAGAGAACAUGAUAGACCGUUUGUAUGCCAGACAUCCCUCAGUUGCGAUUAUGUAUAAUAAUAUAGCAACUGUUCAUGGUCAUGAUAAUGACUACCAGGCUGCUUUAGUCAACUACGAAAAAGCACAACAAAUCGAAAACGAGAGCCUACCAGAUAAUCAUCCGUCGCGCGUGCUGACUUAUAUGAACAUUGCAACCAUUCAUCGUAAUAUAGGUAACACAAAAAUUGCUUUGGAAAAUUACAAAAAAGCACUGGAUAUUCAAACCACUUAUUUGCAGCCUAAUCAUCACAUAUUAUCUGAACUAUAUAAUAACUAUGGAAGUAUCAUUCUGGAAAGCUUGAAAGACUCCCAAAAAGCCUUACAGUACUUUAGAUUGGCUCUUGAGAAUGAACUGCGCUCUGAUACUGUAAGAGAAUGGCAAGGAAAAACACAUCAGAAUUUGGGUACGGCAUACAUCACACAAAAAAAGUACACAUUAGCUUUAGAGAACUUUGACAAAGCUUUCGAAGUUUUUUCGAAAGUGUUACCACCAACACAUCCAUCAAUUAUAACAAACUACAUAGCAAUCGGAUUACUUUAUCAUGUUAUGCACGAUACAUCAAAUCGUGUACGCUGCUUAGAAAAAGCUGAGGAACUCAUGAAAACUUGCUCAACUAUUCAUACGUCUUCAGGCGGAUUACUAUACCUUGACUUAGGAUCACUCUAUGUUCAGAUGGAUGAUUAUGAAAAGGCUAUUGAUUGCUUCAGCGAAGCCAUGACACUUCUUGAAAAAGAUUCAGCAGCGAAUGUUGUUAACAUAGCCAGAGUAUACGAGCAGUAUGCACUUUGCUCUUCCAAGAGGAAUGGUGACUACACAAGAGCAAUAGAAUAUUAUCAGAAGGCUAUCGAUAUUAUGAUUACAGUACACAAUCUGAGCACAGAAUUACUAGUAGGAAUAUAUCGGAAGGUGGCUAGUAUGUAUGAGCUUCAAAAUGACUACUGGUCUGCAAUUGAAUGUUAUCAAAACGUUUUUGAAAUUGAACUGAAAUGUACACCGAUAGACAGGCUAGUAUUGGCGUCUUGCUAUAAUAAUUUUGGAGUCUGCUAUAAUGAGCUAUGUGACUAUGAAGAGUCAAUACAAAACUACGAAGCGGCUGUGAAAAUAUUUAUGGAAUUCGUGCCACAAAGCAGUAAUAAUUUGGCGACUGCAUACAUUAAUAUUGGUCAAGCUUAUUUCAACAUGAAAGAUUUGGUGUCGGCACUAGUGAAUUAUAAAAAGUCACUCCAAUAUGCGUUGACAUCAUCGGUGAAAGACAAAGCAUUAAUUCUUCACAUUUAUCAGGUUUUGGGUAAGGGAUAUUUCAGACAAGCGGAUUAUUUAUCAUCACUUAUCUGGUGUAGAAACGCGCUUGUAGCCGCCCAAGAAUUGCAUGCCCCUGGUAGCUAUACUAUUGUGCUCUGCUCAAAAAAUCUAUGUUUGGCAGAGGAAAAAUUAGCGGAAAUCGCACAAUCAUUAUAA